CCAGUCCUCCGGAUCACCAAGUCGAGCCACGGAUCAAACAACGUGGAGGAACAUCCUUCCAACAGGGACCACCAUCACAGGACAUUCGAAGGUUUCAAACGCCCGAAACAGAACCCAUAUUUCUGUCGACAACCCCAGAUUUCCGAUCGUCUCACCUCAUCCCGGCACCGCCAUUUCCACUUUCUCACCACCACUGCCACAGCCUUCACCACCACCACCACCAUGGAGAUGGAAGCGGUCAAACCCCGUCCGCAUGACCGUUCGUGUAUCCACCAGGUCAAAAUGUCUAUAUGUAAACAUCUCAUCCCAUCUCCGUCAUCUCUCACAGCUACGGCCGCUCUAACCAUCUCACCAUCUCAACAACCCCGACAGCCAAAAUGAGCGCCUUCCUCGGUCUCGUCCCCCAAUAUCCCAGCCCAACCCUGGAGCCACCACCACCCUACGGCGGCACAUCCUCCCAACUCCGGCCCCUCCGUCAUCGCCGACCUGCUACUUCUCUCCCCAGCACUUACACCCCCUACCCGCCAGACGCACCAUGUCCGCCCAACCGCACCAUGGUCCAGGGGUUCGAGUGGUACUGCCCUCCGGAUUUCCAACACUGGCGACGCCUGACCAAGAUCAUCCCUACGCUUGCCCAGCUCGGCAUCACCCAGAUCUGGAUUCCACCCGCUUGUAAGGCCAGCUGGAAGACCGGUAACGGAUAUGACAUCUACGACCUCUACGACCUAGGCGAGUUCGAGCAAAAAGGCUCUCGCAAGACGAAAUGGGGCGGAAAGGAGGAACUCCAGCAGUUGGUGGCCGUCGGAGCUCAAUACGGCGUCUCGGUGCUCUUCGACGCCGUGCUCAACCACAAAGCCGCCGCCGACUUCAAGGAGCCCGUCCUCGCCCGACGCGUGAACCCCAAGGACCGACGGGUGGUGCUAGACAGAAAGCCUACAGAGAUUGAAGCCUGGACCGGCUACGAUUUCCCAGGAAGACAGGGGAUGUACUCCCCACUCCGCUGGUCGGCGCGACACUUUACGGGAAUUGACUACGACGACCUGCGCAAGGAAAACGCCAUCUGGAAGUUUGAAGGCAAAGAGUGGGCCGAGGACGUAGACGAAGAAAACGGAAACUACGAUUACCUCAUGUUUGCGGAUAUCGACCAUCAGCACCCCGAAGUAAAGCGGGAUCUUUUCCACUGGACAUGGUGGCUGAAAUCCCAACUGCCCCAACUCGGUGGAUUGCGAUUAGACGCCAUCAAACACUACUCCUACUCCUUUGUCCGCGAAUUUCUAGCCAACAUCGACCGCCACGUCGCUCCUGGACCCCCUGGGAGCCCAGGGACGUGGUUCAUCGUGGGCGAAUACUGGCGCGAAGAUUCCGAGUUUCUCGCGCGGUACAUCGAAUUUAUGCACCACCGCUUGUCUCUCUUCGACGUGCAAUUAGUCUCCAACUUCUCCCGCAUCUCUUUAGCUUCCGAACACCUCCAAGCCUCUCCCACCGGUGGUGGUGGUGGUGCUCCCGGGAUCACGUACGGCAGCCGCGACACCGACCUCCGCACCUUAUUCGACGACACCCUCUGCAUCUGGAAACCGCACAACGCCGUCUCCUUUGUCGUUAACCACGACACACAAAAGGGCCAAUCGCUCGAAACGCCCAUAGCGCCCUUCUUCAUGCCCCUCGCCUAUUCGCUCAUCUUACUUCGCGCCAACGCCGGUGUGCCCUGCGUGUUUUGGUCUGAUCUCUACGGUUCCUUUGGCGUCACUUCCAAUGACACCCCUGCCUCCGAAGACGCCGCGUCUCCUCGAGAUACGCCCCUACCGGAUCCCCAGCACUGGAAGCCACCAAUGUGUGGCGGGCAAGUACUUCCAAAGUUGAUGCUAGCGAGACGGUUGUGGGCGUACGGGACGCAGUACGAUUACCUGGAUCACCCGCAUUGCGUUGGAUUUACGAGAACGGGGCAUUAUAGUCAGUCUGGUGGGGCGGGCGUGGCGUGCGUGAUGGCCAAUUGGUGGGAACAUGCUAGCAAGAGGAUGUACGUGGGCGUGGAACAUGCGGGUGAGGUGUGGACGGAUGUGCUCAAGUUUUGUCCGGGCGAGGUGAUGAUUGAUGAGUCAGGGUGGGGAGUGUUCCCUGUUGCGGCGAGGAGCGUGGCUGUGUGGGUCAGUAGAGAUGCUGAAGGGCGGGAGGGGGUUGAUGCGUUUGAAUUGGACACCGAUGUUUAUGGUUUCAACCAGAGGCAUCAGGAGCAGGUGUACGAGAACCAGAGGGGCCCAGCAGUGGAGGAAGAGCCAGAGGAUUGGAUGGUUGCUGCGAGGGGGGCAGCGGCCGAGUACUUGGCCAUGACAGGAUCUGAUUAGACGUGGAUGGGAAGGCGACUGGACGUUGAAGCCCUGGCGGUAUGAUGUCUAGGUCGGUUCAAGAGAUGACGGUGGUGAUGAACAGGCACUGGUUGCCACAUAGAGAAGUAUCCCAUGUGCAUAGAGGUAUGAGACAUAGUCAUAAUGUAAUGCUUAUUACCAGUACUACAGUAACUUUUCAACGUCCAACGUCAUUAGGAUUACCAGCGCAGCCAUCUCCACACAACUCCAGAUUAUCAACGAAGUCCCGGUGUCCAUCUCCCUCGUCUCGUCCCAUUGUUUGCCGCAUCAGCAUCAUGGCUUCCCAAGUUCUCUUCUCCAACAUCCAAUCGUCCUCCUAAAGCUGCCCGAUCAAGCAUCCAUAACUCCCAACACCCACUCCUGAGUCCUGGCAUCCCGCCCCCACUGAUACACUACACUGCACUGCAAUGCGUACCUAGUACAAUUCAAGCCCACACUGGUACUUUGCACCUUCUCGUAUACAGACUCUCCCAGCACGCACGUGUCCAGCAC